GCCGAGGGCCGGCCGGGAGCGGCGCCGCGCUGCGGCUGAGGCCGUUUCCGCCCGCCAGCGCCCGUCACAUGACGGCCGGCGGCUGCCGCUGCCCGGCGCCGGCGGGGCAGAGCAGAGCAGAGCAGAGCAGAGCGGGGCGGGCGGGUUGGCGGCGCGGGCGGCCGCGCUGCCGUCCUCUCAGCGGUGGCGGCCGGCGGUCUGGCCCUGGGCGCGCUGCGCGGUCCGGGUGGCGGCGAGAUGGAGAGCCAGGAGGGAGAGGACCGCACCCCGCUGCUGAAGGAGUCCCAGCCCGGCACGGUCCCUGCAUGCUGCUCAGCUCGCUACAAUCUAGCUCUACUGGCCUUUUUUGGAUUCUUCCUCCUGUAUGCCUUACGCGUGAACCUAAGCGUUGCUUUGGUGGAUAUGGUAGAACCUAACAUAAGCUUAGCAAAGAAUACAACUUCCAAUGUGUGUCCAGAGCAUUCCUCCACCAUAAAUGUUCCUCGCAACACAACGGGGGAAAAGUAUUCUUGGGAUGCUGAUACUCAGGGAUGGAUCCUUGGUUCUUUUUUCUAUGGCUAUAUCAUUACUCAGAUUCCAGGAGGAUAUAUCGCAAGCAAAAUCGGAGGGAAGCUAUUGCUGGGGUUUGGCAUCUUUGGUACCUCUGUAUUCACCUUGCUUACUCCCUUAGCUGCAAAUUUGGGAGUUGGCUACCUCAUAGCUGUCAGAGCCUUGGAAGGACUGGGAGAGGGUGUUACCUUCCCGGCUAUGCAUUCAAUGUGGUCUUCUUGGGCUCCUCCACUGGAACGCAGCAAGCUCCUUAGUAUUUCAUAUGCAGGUGCACAGCUGGGAACUGUUGUCUCUCUGCCACUCUCUGGUUUAAUUUGCUAUUAUAUGAACUGGGUUUAUGUGUUUUACAUAUUUGGUGCACUUGGCGUAUUAUGGUUCUUCUUCUGGAUGUGGUUGGUUAGUGAUACACCGGAAACUCAUAGGAGCAUUUCACACGCUGAAAGAGAAUAUAUACUGUCUUCUCUAAAAGAUCAGCUUUCUACACAGAAAUCUGUUCCCUGGAGACCUAUACUGGAGUCCCUUCCACUCUGGGCUAUCGUUGUGGCUCACUUCUCUUAUAACUGGACUUUCUAUACGCUUCUUACGCUCUUGCCCACAUACAUGAAGGAGAUCCUGCGGUUUGAUGCACAGGAGAACGGUUUUUUGUCUGCCCUACCUUAUUUUGGCUGCUGGUUAUGUAUAAUCCUGUCUGGGCAAAUUGCUGAUUAUUUACGGGAAAAAAAGAACUUUUCCACUGUUUGUGUUCGCAAAUGUUUUACCCUAAUAGGAAUGAUUGGACCUGCAGUGUUCUUAGUAGCAGCUGGAUUCAUAGGCUGCAACUAUGCACUGGCUGUUGCAUUCGUGACCAUAUCAACAACACUAGGAGGAUUUUGUACAUCUGGCUACAGCAUCAACCAUCUGGACAUAGCACCUUCGUAUGCUGGAAUUCUCCUUGGGAUCACAAAUUCUUUUGCUACUAUCCCAGGAAUGGUGGGGCCAGUUAUUGCGAAGAACCUCACUCAUAAUAAUACUGUGGGAGAAUGGCAGACUGUUUUCUAUAUUGCUGCUUCUAUUAAUCUGUUUGGAGCAAUUUUCUUUGCAUUAUUUGCAAGUGGAGAAGUUCAGGACUGGGCAGUCAGUGGAUAUCACCUGCAUAGAAACUGAAGGAGAUGUUGAAAUACCAAAGCUGUGCUGAAUCCCAAUGUGCUAGAAUUAUGUGACCGGAAAAGUGCCUUCCCUACUGAUGCCUAGGAGUCUUCAGACCUUUUCAGUUAAACAAUUUUAUCUGUAUAUCUUUUGUACUGAAAAUCAUUUGACAGCAUAUGUGUGCUAUUUCUUAACAAGAAACUACUUGGAUUAAAUAUAACAGUUUCAUGCUAGGACUUGAUAUCAAAUAUAUGAUCAGAGACAACAUUUUAAAUCGGUGUGCUAGGCUCCAAUUCUUUCCAGUUUUUAAUUAAUAUUUUCUGAAUUAAUGUGCAGGCAGAUGUUUGUUGAUACUGAAAUGAGAGGAAAAAGCAAAGUGAUUAUGUAGCACUGUAAGGAGGAAUGGCAUGCAAAGAAUUGUACCCAAAAAAGUGUUUUGACUUCCAUGAUGAGAUUGAUAGGUUUUUUUUUUAACUGUUUAAAAGUCUAGAAGAGCUCUAGUUUUCUACAAUCUUUUAUAAUGCUUUUAUUUUGUCAGUGUUUUAAUUGAUGUCUAAGAAAUGCACACAUGAUUUUAUUCUAUUUUACGCACAAGUUUAAAAUAUAUAAACAUUCCCUGUUUCAUGAAUACAGCUUCACAACUGAUACAGAGCAAUGAGGAAGUAAAAUGUACCAUUGUGACUGACAGAAUAAGCCAUGUGUUACUGCUCUCUGUGGUGCAGGUUUUUUUACAUAGGCCUCAUUUUUAUUCAUCUGUGCAAAGAAGAAGCAGUGCAACUCUGUGGUUUAAGUCUAGGCAGCGUGCAAGAGUGAACUAGAAAUAGAAUAUCUGCAUGCUUACCUUAAAAUAACUUCCAGUCUGGCAGUUCAUUUUUUGUUUCUUUAAAUCAACGCAGUGGAAUUCUUUCCUCUUGCAUGUGGAUAUAUUUGUCCACUUGUCCAUGUAAAUGCAAUAAAAUAAGGCCAGUAUAGGGAAUAAUGAGGAAAAUCAGUUCUCUUCUCUAACAGCCUUGUUUGUUAGUCACAUAAAAGUAGAGGAAAAAAGAAUUAGUGCAAUCAUAACCUGAUGCUGUUAGACUCCUAUCAACAUAGAAUUUCACACUCAAGAGCAUCCUUUGCACAACAUGCAAUUAAAUGCCACACAGUAGGAUUAAAUUAAGUCUAUGAAAACAGUGGCCUUGUUAAGAACAAAUGGCUGAAUAAUCUUGUAGUCACAAAGCAAAGGAAAAUUCCUGUGCCAAAGAUUCCUGGAUUGGAGCAAUUAGGUAAAAAAGAAAAAUCACUGAGCUCUGGGUUUUUCAUUUACCACCAAUCCAAAAGAAAAGCCCAGUACUAAAGCUGCUCCAGUGGAGCCUACCUUCCUUCAUUUCUAGGAAAUGGCAUCUGCCUCUUCUUUUUAGCUUUAAGAGCCAUUUUGUUUUGACCUUCCUUGAAGUGUCAUGUUCUCUGAUGGUAGAACUGUGUUUAAAUCUGUGUUUGUGUCUGCAGCAUUUCCACAAUAAACGGUGUGAAGUUCAGAUUAAAUUAGUAGCUGUUCAGUGGGACUAUGUUAAAGCUAUAUUGUGUCUUCAGUGUUUCCACAAUAAAUAGAACGAAUAUUUA